AUGGCACGAACAAAGCGAAAGGCGUCUUCCAUAUCAGACGAAUCUACAGAUGAAAUGCUCAUUAUAGCUUUGGACUUUGGAACUACCUAUUCCGGUGUGGCUUAUUGCUUUGCAAAUAAGCGCGACCCCAAGCCUGCGGCAAUCUUGGACUGGCCAGGUACCCGAGGCAUGUCAGUUCCGAAAAUCCCUACUCUAAUAAGCUACGAUGAAGCGAAGCUCAGUGACUUCAAAUGGGGGGCUUCAGUUGAGGAUCCAUCUACCGCAAUAGUUGGCAUUAAACUUCUCCUUGACCCAUCUCAAAAGCGUCCGGCAUAUCUAUCCCCAGAGAAUGUGCAGAAAGACCUAAGUUCAUUGCCCAAAACUGCGGUGGAAGUUGCGGCGGAUUUUAUUGGUAAAGUCUACCAACAUGCUCUAGCGGAGAUUUCGAAGAAAGUGCCUCGGGGAUACAUGGAGCUCUGCUCCAAAGAGUUCGUACUGACAGUGCCAGCUGUGUGGUCUGACGCAGCCAAACAUGCAACCAUGCAAGCUGCUCAAACCUCCGGAAUUCAUCCUGUUACGCUUGUCAAGGAGCCUGAAGCGGCGGCUUUAUAUACGGCUCAAUCACUUGACUUUGCUCUUCAAAACGGCGAUGCUUUUGUCGUUUGCGAUGCCGGUGGCGGGACCGUCGAUUUGAUCUCGUACGAGGUAGAGGCCGUAUAUCCGUGCUUAGAAGUCAAAGAACUGGUCCCAGGAACAGGUGGAAUGAGCGGAUCGAUAGGCCUGAACCAGAGAUUUGUAGCAGCCGUUCAGGCUCUCGUAGGACAAGAACAGUGGCAGACUUUGCAAGGAACCACAGGUUGGGCAAGUGCACAGCGACAAUUCGACAAGGAGAUCAAAAAAGCGUUUCGUGGGAGUGCAGACGAGGAAUUUCUAGUCCCGUUUCCACUAUCUCGCCUCCGGGAUGAUCCCACGAGAGGUUUGGUGUCGAGCACCUGGAGAAUGACGGGAAAGGAUGUACAACUCAUAUUUGAACCCUUGAUCCAAGACAUUAUCAAUCUCAUCGCAGAGCAGGUCACCCAAGGCGUAAUCAAGCGAAACGGAAAAGAUGUUACCGUGAGAAGAACCCGUGCUGCUUAUUAA